GUCGGACAUUUUAACAUGGGGGCUUACGGAGACUGACUCGUUCUGUAGCCAGCCUCAAGUGGCCGCUCGAGGUACGACGGUUACUUUUUGGGUAAUACCGACACCUCUAUGCAGGAGUUGCAGGAAAGACCUUUGAGGUCUCAAGGUAAAGCAGAUGAAUUAAACUGAGCCUGAAAACCUCUCACACUUCUGAUUUGUUAUCUAGCCAUGCAGACAAAUUAAACCAAAACUAUAGCAUGGCUAUGAACCAGAAGGAUGAAUUGUUAUUUUUUAAAUUUUGUUUUGUUGUGUCAAACUGCUCCCACUGUUGUGGGAGGAGUUUAGAACCGGAACACGGAACCAAUAUCAAAGGUCUUUGAACAGCAUUCUCUACUUACACAGAGAGCAGAUUCAACAGAGAUCAGAUCAGAGAGUACGUGUACGAGUACAGCAGGUGUUUAAAAGCCAGGAUUUAUCCCAGCUACACUGAACGAAGAUCUGAAAGGCACAGUCGUAACUGACAAAUUGGCCAAGAUGGAUACAUUACCAGACAUUUUCUCCAAGUAUUCCCAAGGAUCUGCUGCGAGCAAAAACUCUUUUAAAAGCAAGCAGAAAAAAUGUGGUAAAACCAUCGACGACAUUUUGGGCUCUGCUGAACCCUUUGAGGAAAAAACGGAGAAAAAGAGAAAAAACAAAAGGACAGUUGACAAGUUUCAAGAGGACGUUGAGAAGGACUUUGAUUGGCUAUCGAUCAGCAACAGCCACACUCUCCUCAGCAAGGAAUCUGAGAUAUCUGUUCAGGAGGAUGAGGAGAUGUUCCUCAGAGCUUCUCUUGAAGAGGCCUUAGAGAGAGAUGCAGAAAUGAAUGUUUCUCUUCAAGAGAUCCAUGACGAAGUCCUCGAGGAACAGAUUGACGAAGUCAUCGAAGAACAGAUUGACGAAGUCGUCGAAGAACAGAUUGACGAAGUCAUCAAGGUAGACAUGACUGGAUAUAAUUACCAGGAGACUGUGGAAGCACUUCCAGAGGAAGUUGAGGAGCAGUGCUCUGUGUCCAGUGAAGACAACUACACUCCCUUCAGUGAGGGAUCUGAGAUAUCUGUUCAGGAGGAUAAGGAGAUGUUCCUCAGAGCUUCUCUUCAAGAGGCCUUGGAGAGGGAAGCAGAAACGAAUGCUUCUCUUCAAGAGGCCUUGGAGAGAGAAGAAGAAACAAAUGUUUCUCUUCAAGAGGCCUUGGAGAGAGAAGCUAGGACUAAAGCUUCUCUUGAAGAGGCCUUGAAAAAGGAAAAAGCUCAACAGGAAGAAAUUCUUGAGCAGGAGCGUAAAGAAAAGGCUCUUGAAAAGACUCUGAGGGAGGCGGAGGCAGAAAAAGAUGAUCUUCGUGCUGUAAUUGACUUAAUGAAGGCACAAGUGGCUGACCUUAUGAAGUCACAGAUGUCACACGAAAAGCAAAAACACACAAUCACUGCAAUGACAGCUGAACUUGAUGAGAGCAAGAAGCUGAUCAUUGAACUUCAGAAAGAUCUGGAGGCAUCCACUCUUCAGCAUGAGAAAGAAAUGGCUGAGCGUGAGAAUGUGAAUUGUGCUCAAAUGAAGUUACUGAAAGAACAUCUCAUUCAGCAGCAGGAGAAAAGUCUGGAAAAAGACAAUGAAAUUCAAUCUCUCAAUGUCAAACUUCAGACUUUGCAAAUGACCAUUGAAGCCAAGGACAAAAUAGUGUCCACCCUGCGGGAGAAAGUUGAGCGAAGUGCUUCGGACCUGAAAGAAGAGGAAACAAAGAACUCUGAACUCAAGAGGGACUAUGAGGCCAUCCUCUCUCAACAACAGAAGGAUGAAGAAAAACAGAAACAUCUGAUUCAGGAAAACCAGAAACUGAUUUCUGAAAAUAAAAGGCUUCAAAAUAAACUUGAGGGGCAGCUUCUUCAGAAAGAGCCUCAGGAAGACGAUGAAGCUUGCAGCAGACUUGAGGAGGACAUUCCGGUGGAUAAAGCUCGGUUCUUGACGGCAUGUAAAAAGAUCCAAAUGCAAAAGGAAGAGCUUGCCGAGAAGACUCUGGCCCUGGAGAAAAGUCUGACUGCUGAGAAAUAUUUAAGAUCUUCUCUCCGAAAGGAAAAGAAACGCUUUGACCAGAUGGUUUUCCAAAAGCAGACUUCAGCCGAACCUGACACGUUCCUCAAGAACCAGUUGAGAGAGGCAUCUGCAAACUCAGAGUGUCUGACAUAUGACAUGCAGACAUUGAGGAUGGAUAACGCCGACAUCAGAGCUAAAUUCAGCGCUACCGAGGCAGAAUUUGACAAACUAAAAUCAAAAUACACCUCCCUCUCUGAACGUUACCAAGAGAUGAUGUUAGAGAAAAAUGAAACCAUCUCUGAGAACCAACAUACCAUCACAAAGCUCCAGUGCAAGGCACAGAAGCUGAAGUCACGUUUUGAAGGCAUCAUUAACAAAGAAAGGACUAAAAACUCUGAGCUGCAGCAGAAGGUUGACCAGAUUUCCUCUGCUCUGGAAAAAGAAAAAACCAUGUGUGAGAAGCAACGCGUCGAGCUCAUGGAAGCUUCCACGAAGCAGAUGACAACCCUGGAGGAAAAACAGAAACUUUCUUUGGCUCUCCAGAAGGCUCAGGAAAAAGCUUUCAGCUUUAAGGAACCGCUGGGUGUGUCAAGCAUCCAGUCCAGACACAACAGCAACUAUGAAUUCAUGCUCAAACAACAGAGAAUUUCCUUGGAUAAGAGCACAGCGGCUCUAAACCACCUGCAGAAGCAAAACAGUGAUAUUACUUCUGAACAUCGUGAGCUGCUUAAAACUCACAGUACUCUCAAACUUAAAUACGACAAACUGCUCUACGAACGAGGCAACUUGGAUAAGAGCACAGCAGCUCUAAACCACCUGCAGAAGCAAAACAGUGAUAUUACUUCUGAACAUCGUGAGCUGCUUAAAACUCACAGUACUCUCAAACUUAAAUACGACAAACUGCUCUACGAACGAGGCAACCAGAGUUGUGUCCACUUCGGUAUGCAACUCAGUGCUAACUUGACCUCAUGACCCGAUCCAACUUCAAGGAGAGCAACAGAGGACAGACCACCAGGACGGACAGACAUGCAACUGAAGACAAAGUGAAGACUCAAAGGCGUUCUCUCAUCAUUUGCACAUCUGUCCGUCCUAAUCCCACCUCUGUUGCUCUCCCCAAGCUCUCUGAAUUUGCAUGUUCUCCUUGUGUCUCUGACAGGGGUUCUCUCCGGGUGCUCCGGCUUCCCCCACAUAGAGACUGACCACUAACAAACCUUCACGGUCUUCUCUUUAAAAAAAAAAGAAAGAGGCAGAUAAGCAGAUGUUUUUUUGAUUCCUCAAGAAGCAGCCAAGAGAAACAUCUGCAUCAUCAGAGCGUCAGAUGUACAGACAUUAAGGAUGGAGAAUGCAGAUCUCAGACUGACACAAAAUGCAAAUAUCGGACCUACACUCAACCAACACAAUCGACCUGCAUCUAUUCUUCGCACAUGUUGCCACGGGGUUCUCUCCGGGUGCUCCGGCUUCCCCCACACAGAAAGUGACCGCUGACAAAUCUUCACGGCCUUCUCUCAAAAAAGGAGGCGCUUUGAGCUGAUGUUUUUCAAAAGCUGAUCCCUCAAGAACCAGCUGAGAGAAACAUCUUCAUCCUCAGAGCGUUUCGUGUGCAACAUCUAGACAUAAAGAAUGGAAAAUGCAAAUAUCGGACCUACACUUAACCAACACAAUCAACCUGCAACCAGCGUCUGGUGUGCAAUAUGUAGAAAUGAAGAAAGAAGAAAGACAAGACAUGAAGGGGCCAAGUUUUAAGAAGAACAUCAAGCUUUGACCAAAUCAGUGAAGAGACACUCAGCUACGCUCAUGGUCUAUCCGUCCUGGGAGAGGGAUCCCUGCUCUGUUGCUCUCCCUGAGGUUUCUUCCACUUUGCUGGGGGAAGUUUUUCCUCAUCCGAGUCAAGGGUCUAAGGAUAAAUGGCGUACGCUCUACUGGAUAUGACAUCAAUAAGUUGCAUUAAUAAAAUCUGCAACAAUAAAAAAACAAACAAAAAAAAAAAAUCUGUACUUCUUCUUGGACACAGCUCCUCACCAAAAUGGGGCCAGAAAACUGUUGAAGCAAGAAAUAAAGAAAGGUGUAUUAUAUAUUUCUUGUGGUUCAACUUUUUACCAAAUGCAGUUCUAUCAAUAAUUAUUCCCAUUUUAAAGAAACAGCACAAUGGUAAUAAUGUUAUAAAUGAAGUGUAACAAUGCUUUGGCCUAGGGUUCAAAUGAAUUUCCACAUUUCUAUACAUCUUUCAGUGAACAACAAAUAGUUAAAGGUAAAUCCAAUGUAGCCUAUUACAUAGAUUGGAUUAUGGUACAUUACCCAUGUGUGUGGGUAGUUAAUAUUCAGUAAUAACAAUAAUAAUAAUGAAAUACAACAGCUGGUGCAAUUGAUUCCAGUAAGUCACUGCAAGAACUACCAAGAAAUAGCUACACUAAGCAAACCUGCUAUCGGCUUUAUUUUAGCGACACAAACAAAAGUGGUAUCACUCUCCUCAACCAAGUUUUGGCAACAAACCAGGGUACCACCCCAAGUGUCCACUAAUAUUUAGAAAUGCCGGAUAUUAAAAUGCACUCCAUUGUGUCAUCUUGCUGUUGAAUCUUGCUUGGUUCUAGAAUUGUUAAGGAUGUCCUCCAUUUUGAAUCCAUACAAAAUGAUGCACUCUUUGAGCAAAAUGGCUGCUGUGCGUUAUUUCCCUUCGAUCCAUGACAAUACAUCAGAAAACAAGACGAUCUGGGCUCCUGUUUACGACAAACCAAAACAGCUGAACUCUUGGACCACCAGCUCCACUAAAGAUUCUUCUAAUAAGGACGCUGGUGCUAAUAAAACCAGCUCAACCACUCAGCAGACGGGAGCUAAGGCAGCCUGGCUGACAUUGGCAGUGCCUGAUUACCAACCUCUGGACGUCUUCAGCGUCACAGCAGGGGAUCCCGAUCCAGUCUCAUGGAGCGAAGAAGACGAAAUAUAUAAAUGUAAGAGGAAUAUCAGAUGCUGCAGGAUGAAGCAGAAAAGGAGA